AUGGCACGUCAGAGCGGCGGCUCUGGGAAAGGUGUCAAGUUGCCGUUUGCGCUACGGCAAGAACUAGGAAUCGAGGGAUAUUCGCGCGAGGGUGGCCGUCGCAGGCAAUAUGGUCCAGUAAGAGGCAGGAAGGAUCAGCGCAGGGCGUUGCGCGUGGAGAAGAGACAGAACAAGCGCAUACGGGGUCCGAGACCGUCCGCGACGGAGGAGGAGUUUUCGGAGCAUGAUGUGGGCGACGACGAAGAGGAGGACGAGCCACUCCCCCAAGCCAGGCCUGUGAAGACCACCCGACCCAAGACUGAUACACCGAAACCUAUCUCGAAAAAGCCCCUGAGACAACCAUCACCCUCCCCAACGCCGUCAGAUCUACCCUCUAUUCCUAGCUCGCGGUCGUCUUCGCCGGGUCUGGUCCUUGAUGCAAGUUCCCGUGCUUUUAGAGAUCGAGCAGCACAGGACGAGGCAGAAAUAUCUGCGCUUGAGAGGAAACUCGGUUUGAAGAAGAACAAGACACCCAAAUCUUAUACUGAGGAUGGUUUGGACGAUCUUCUUGAAGGGUUGGGCGACGAUGAGAGGGGCGCGAAGAGAAAAUCCGAAUCGAAGGAGUGGUUAGAACGAAAGAGGCGGCGGACUAUCGUCGACGAACGGCGUGGCGUUGAAGAUGACUCCAAUGCCAGCGUGAGUGGGAGCGACGAGGAGGAAGGCUUUGACAUCGACGAAGACGACGAGGCCGAUACUCUCGAAGACGAUGGUAACGAAGACGAUAUCGACGUUGACUUGGACGACAAUGUCGAGGCCGGCAUCUCAGAUGAGGAAAUAGGGCGAGACGAAGCCGAUUCGUUCGACGGGUUCGAUCUCGACGAAGAGUCCGCGCCUUCUCAGCCAAAGAAGCCCCGUGAAAAUCCCUAUGUGCCGCCAGUCACUCCUAACGCGUCAACCUCCAAGUAUAUCCCACCGUCUUUGAGGAAAGCACAGGCUUCGGAAGGGGCAGUCCUCGAAAGGUUGAAACGACAGCUGCAAGGCCACCUCAACAAGCUGUCCGAAGCGAAUCUGGUGUCCAUACUGGGGGAAGUUGAAAAAGUCUAUCAGUUCAACCCUCGGCAGGAUGUCACGACCGUGCUGAUCGAGCUUCUCUUGACGCUCUUGUGCGAUCGGUCCGCCCUCCAGAAUACCUUUGUCAUACUCCAUGCUGCGUUCGCAACUGCGGUGUAUAAAGUUGUGGGGGUCGACUUUGGUGCCGAGCUAUUGGCCCAGCUGGUGGCGCGGUUUGACCAGUAUCGCGACGACAACGCUGGCGGAAAGGAGGCACUCAACCUGGUCAGUCUGCUGGCAAACUUAUUCACAUUCCACAUGAUCGGCAGCUCGAUUGUUUUUGACUACAUCCGCCUCUUACUCGAACGGCUGAGCGAAAACAAUACAGAGCUCCUGCUACGACUGAUCCGGGAUUGCGGACCCCAAUUACGACAAGAUGACCCAUCGUCCCUCAAAUCCAUAGUGCAACUCAUGCAAAAGGAGGCGGCCCGCAUGAACUCUGCAGGAGAACAGAUGAGCGUACGUACAAAGUUCAUGAUCGAGACGAUCACGGACCUCAAGAACAACAAAAUGAAAGCAGCAACCAACAACGCAGGCCUUUCCAGCGAGCACAUCACACUGAUGCGAAAGGUUCUGGGCUCUCUCAACGACAAGCGCAAUGUGAGAGCGUCAGAGCCGCUCCGGGUCACCAGAGAUGACAUCAAAAACAGCGACAAGAAAGGAAAGUGGUGGUUAGUAGGAGCAAGCUGGAAAGGAAACGAGCCCAAUGCAGUAUCUGAAGACAGCACCGACCCUGUAACUCUGGCAUCGAAUCAGGUCCUCGAUGACGAUUCAAUCGACCUACUAGCCCUGUCCCGCCAAUAUGGUAUGAACACAGAUGUCCGGCGCUCUAUCUUUGUUGCUUUACUCUCGGCUGUCGACUAUCAAGAUGGCCACAUGCGGGUUUUGAAACUUCACUUGAAGCGCAACCAGGAGCAGGAGAUCCCAAAGGUCCUUCUCCGCUGUGCUGCUGGGGAGAAGCCGUACAAUCAUUACUACACGCUCGUGGCCAAGAAGUUAUGUCUCGACAAGAAAAUGCGCAAGGCCUUUCAAUUCGCUUUGUGGGGCUUUCUCAGAAGAUUGGGAGAGAACCCUGAUCUUGAUGACGACGAGGAAGAUCAGGAAGCAGAAGAUGUCGACAUGACCGAGAUUGCAAAUCUGGCGAGGCUCUACGCUCACCUGGUACUGGAUGGGGCAAUACCACUUGGUGUAUUGAAAGUGUUGGAUCUGGUAUCUGCAAAGGAGCGAACGAUCAUGUUUGUCGAGUUGAUGAUUGCCAUCAUCCUCAUCGAGGCGCAACCGACCACGUUGGUUAAGGUGCUGGAACGGACGGCCGCCGAUACGCCACAGCUCGUCAAGAGGUUACAGUUCUUCAUCAAGAAGAAUGUGAAGACGUCAGACUUGGUCGGGAAGAAGGAUCACAAAGCGGUCAGGCAAGGUUGUCGAGUGGCCUUGGAGACACUUGGCAGAUUGCAAAUGGCUGAUGAAGAAACCGAAACCUAA